AUGUCGGUGGGCAAGAGUUGCCUUUUGCUGCGGUUCGCCGAAGGUCGCUUCGAGCCCGACAUGAUGGCCACCAUGGGCAUCGACUUCCGCCUCAAGGACAUCGACUUCGGGGACAAGCGGGUCCCGUUCCAGCUCUGGGACACAGCCGGGCAGGACCGAUAUCGGGCAAUCACCACUGCCUACUACCGCGGGGCACAGGGCGUAGCGAUCGUCUACGACACAACCAGCAAGAAGAUGCGAAGUCUCGAGCAGCACGCGCCGCGCGAGAUCAGCAAGGUGCUGGUGGGCAACAAGUGCGACCUCGACAGCGAGCGCGAGGUGUCGGAGGACAUGGGCCGCGACCUGGCCGACGAGUACGGCACGGCCUUCUUCGAAACGUCGGCCAUGACCGGCCACGGCGUCGACGCCUGCUUCAUGCACCUCGCCCGACAGGUCAAGCAGCGAAUGGACAAUGCCGGCAGCACCGGUGGUGACAAGGCCGGCGUUGUUGUCGUCGAACCCGACACACCAUCGACGCCCGCUCCUCCCUGCAGCUGCGCCAUCUGA